AUCACUUCCUUCAUGAGAAUCGAAGGCAUGACCGUGCGAUGCAUGGUCAAAGGGGCGUGAGGUUGUGCAAUGGAUGCAUCCAAAUUGUUCAGGGAUGCUACUCAACAUGCAGAGGCUGGACACUUCGGGAGGGCCAAAGCCUGAGCAAAUGUCGGACAUGGAAUGAAAUGGAGUCCAUUUCGUCCGUGUUCAACAAUUUGAAAUAGGCAUGUUGGUAUUCUUCUUGGGCGAUUCUGAUGUAAAUGUGUGGGUUUCGCCCGAAAGGGUCAUUCAAGAACUGGCAGUCCAUGUGUUUCUGAUAAUAUUCACCUGUCAUGUGAGGACUUUUAGAUUCGAUGUCAUUCAUGUUUUUUUUUCCCUCCUCACUUCUCUUCCUUUUCUUGCCUGCCUCAUCUUCCCUCUUUUGCCAUGGCUCGGCACUCAUCUAACACUUCAGCCGGCCAACAAGACGCCUCGACCGAUCCAGCAUGCCGCAGCGGAGAGCUGCGAAAUGUCGGAGAGCGUGGUGCAGCGGCCGAUGUGGUGCCUUCGGGCUGCAGAGCUGUUUGCGAAGGCUUCCGAGCAGGAUCCACGCAAUGCGAGGCCGCACGAAGCGCGAGCCCAAUGUUUGCUAGAGCUGGAAGCCUUCGAGGAGGCACUGAGUGCAGCGGAAUUGGCUGCCCAGCUGGAUCGUCAUUGGUUGCCUGCGCAAGCCACGUUGGGCCGCGCUCAGCUCAACGCCGGGCAUUUGCAGGACGCGGUCGCCAGCUUCUCGGAGGCUUUGCAUCUGGCUGAGCAAGACAAGGAGUGGCAGAGUGACUUGAAGCUGGAGCUGCGCGAAGCAAAGGCCUUGCUGGAGAAGCAUUGGGCGGAGCACCAUGAUGUGCUUUUGCCAGUGGGUAUGACCCACUUGCGAAUCCGCCAGGCGUUGGACUGCCGCUAUUGCCACAUGGCUGGCGAAUUGGGACCCGGCGGAGCGCUUUGGGCUGCUGGAGCAGUUUUGGCAUUACAUCCAGCUGCAAAGGAAUUCCCGGCAGAUGACGUGAGCAAAUGUGGAAGACGCAUCUUGGAGCUGGGCUCGGGUACUGGAGCCGCUGGCCUGGCCUUUGCGGCGAGUGGAGCUCAGGUACUUCUCACAGACCGAGAUUCCUUGCUGCCUUUGCUGCGUCUCAAUGCAGAGCUCAACCACCACCUUUUGCUCUCCAGCGGCGGCGCAGUGCAGAUUGGUGUCUUCGACUGGUUGACACCACCAGAAGAGAUCCUAAGGCAAACCUUCGACUUGGUGAUUGGUGCUGACUUGGUGUACUCUUUCGCGGCUGUUGAGCCCUUCAUCAUAGCUGUAACUGCGCUCCUGCAGGAGAAAGAUGGCAAGAGAGUUGCCUCCCGAAUGAUUUAUGCUCACUUCCCCAGAUUCCCCAAGCUUGAUGACGAGAUGUGUCAAGCGCUAGCACGCCAAGGUUUUUUAGCUAAGGUGAUGCCUGGAAAUCCCCAUGAACUUGGAAAGAUUGGAAGGAUCCCCCAAGGGACCCUUGAUCGAGUGCAGCUGCUGGAGAUCAGGCCGUUUCAACAUGGGGAAGAGCGCAGGCCCCUAGUGCUUGGCCAAGUGAGGGAGAGCUGCGGCUGCGACAGCCAGCUGUGUGACCGAGUCUUCACAGGUACUGAAGGACACAAUGAAGGACACAUGGCAGGUGAGUCAGGAUACUCUUGACAUCACUGAUCAUCACUGCCUUGUCGUGACAUUUCAAAGGCUGCUUAGGAGUUGGCUCCAGACUCUGACUGAUGAAGGUUGGUUGUAGGAUGUACGAUGCCCUUGGCUUUCUCGGCAGCCAGAUCGCCAGUAAAUUCAGCACCAGAAAAAUGGACACAGACAAUGUGUCGAUGGUGUUGCUAGGAGAAGUCGGGGUGUCGGGUGCGUAGGAGCUUCCGAACCAACUCAUCAUUCGUAGCAUACUCUGAUACUCAGAAUGCUGCUGAAAUGGACUAAAAUCGGCUCAGCUGGCGCCCUGGUGUUUGCUGCUUGAUUCCUUGGUUACUGGGCGAACAACCAAUCGGUGACCGCAAGCGAAACACCUUGGAAUAUUGCAGAAGGGAGAAAUUGCGCCCUCAUAUCAUCUCAUAUCUCCAUUUCAACAUACAAACACUUGGCAAAUAUAGAAACUAGAAUCGAUUUAAAUAUCUUGAAACAAUAUCCGGAGGAUGAAGGAUUAUGUACACAUUGUGCGUGUAGAAUAAUAUCAAAUGAAUGGGAAUUCACCGUAUAUAUAUCGAUAAUGAAGAUUAUUAUGUCCAGGCGAAAGGCAGACAAUUUACCACGAAGACAAUAAAUUGAUUUAAAG